AUGCGUGACGAGAGUCAUCUGCGCAACAUCCUACUUCCUCACAAAUGCCAUCUCAUGGCCUCUCGACUCAGUCAUCUCGGUGAUGCCAUUAGUCUCCUGAUCGCUGGCCUGUACACAGUCGCAGGCCAAGCACAUUUCACUGAUCGUCUCACGCCAGACCUCGCAAGCAACAUAGAAACUAUGACGCAGAACACAUACGUCGCAUUCGGCGGUCUAGGCAUGAAUUAUGCACCGUUCAAGCAAUUUCUGGGCGCCUUCGACCUGGGAGCAGCGAUACUAUUGUGGCGCAGACCGACUCGUCGUGCGGGACUUUUGACGGCUGUGAUCGGAUUCGGUGGUGGGCUGUAUGGCCAGAUUUCCACUGGCAAGGACAUUACGCAGGUUGCCGCCUUUCUGGGACUCGCUCUAGUCGGCCUUCUGUGCUCUAGGUAG